CGUCAUUGAAGCUGGGCAAUACUACGAGGUGUGUUAUGAAGAUUCCUGGGGUCGUAAUCUUUUCGUAGCUUUUGUUACGCUGCUUUCUCUUGCACAGACGGCGUUCGAAGGAUACAUAGCUUGGAAGGCAAAUGUGGAAAGUAGGAUGCUGCUGAGGAUUCCACGAGCAUGGUUCGCGGUUUUCCUCAACGGUUUCAUCAGCGGAAUAAACAAGCUCUUCCUCCUCCGACGUUGCUGGCGGGUUACAAAAGGAAGCUGGUGGAUAGCCGUGUUGUUCGCGUUCACGAUAACCACAUACGUCGCGAAUAUCUUGAUCGCGGUGGCUUUUUCACGUCUGGGCGCCGUCCAUCCCAAGCCUAGCGAUGUCGUUCUGAGCGUCAUCUCAUUUUCGUAUUGGACCACGGCGGUGCUCGUGCUCGAUGUCAUUCUCUCUGUUAUUCUCGCUUUUUUCUUAUGGAAAAACAAAACCGGCGUACACCACCUCGACAGAGCACUCCUAAGGUUUUGCGCUGUCGCCACAGAGUCUGCAGUCUGGCCAUCAUUAUGCGUUGCUGUUUCCGCAGGACUGUUCUUCUCGCAUAACGCAAAUGCCAACCGUCUUGUUUUCGUAUUCCUGCUUCAAACCGGAAAACUCUACACCUUGUCGAUCCUGCGCACCUUGAACGCAAAAGUCCAACUACGAGAAAGAAUGAAAUCAGACGACUUUGCGCGGGGCUCGUUAGGAAACUGGUCUUGGCGACAAGCUGACUCGGGAGUGGACCAUGAGAUGUCUAUGUCUGCAGCACACGAGCGGUCUUCGUUCCGGACGACAACGAGUGGACGCCUGUUGUCGAUCUCGAUUGGGCCGUCGGAGAGGAGUGUUGUGGAUAGUCAUGUGCCUGUGCUUGGCCAGCACCCUCGGUCGCCGAUGCCGAUUCACUCGAACUCGCUUGGCUCACGUUCGACGCAAUGAUUCAGGAAGGCUGCAGGCAGAAGUCUAUUUUGUGGAAGUCGUCGUUCUUUGUAUUUAUUUUUGAUGUAGAUGAAAGGACG